CCGCGUCCCCAGAGCCUCCUCCCUCCCUCCCUCCCUCUUUUCUCUCUCCGCUCUCUCCCCCUGCCCCUCGGUGCAAACCGCGAAAAUAGCAGCCGCCCGUUCGCUCGCACUCCCCGGCCGUGCCGCGAUGAGCGACGGCGCCGAUUCCGACCGCGACCUCCCGCCUGCCUCCCACCACGCCAACGCCGACCCGCGCCACCCCGACGACCCGUGGGCCGCCAAGGACGACGACGACGAGGAGGACGACCCGCCCGUGCCCGACGAGUUCCAGGACGCGCCGCUGUCGCCCGAAACCACCAGCGACGGCGACGGCGCCGGCUCCCCGGAUCGGGCGGGCCACCCCAAUGCCGGGGAGGCCGCGCCGCCUUACGCCGGGGGCAUGAGGGUCGAGACCAACGGCGAGGACGCCAUGAGCCACGACGGCGACGGCGAGGACGACGACGACGACGACGAAGAGGAUGACGACGACGACGAGGAGGACGAGGAGGACGACGACGACUCCACCCCCGAUGCGUCGCCCAAGGCGGAGGGCGACGUCCCGGCCGGGAUGGCGCAGUGCGCCGGCCCGCCCGCGGAGUCGGACCCCUUCCUCGACGGCCACGACUCCGGGACGGAGGAUGAGCAGGCGGCCUUCAUGGCCGAGCUCGACCGCUUCCACAGGGACCGCAGCCUCGAGUUCAAGCCGCCAAAGUUCUACGGCAAGGGCCUCAACUGCCUAAAGUUGUGGAGACAGGUCGCACACCUGGGAGGCCAUGAGCAGGUAACGAUUUGUAAACUAUGGCGGCAAGUUGGAGAAACCUUCAGACCACCAAAGACCUGCACCACAGUCUCUUGGUCGUUCCGAAUUUUCUACGAGAAGGCGCUCCUUGAGUAUGAAAAACACAAAGUUCGAACUGGCCAGCUUAAAAUAUCAGUACCUGCUAUACCACAGCCUGGUGGUACGAACCGCGAGAUAGGUGUGAAUCCAUCAUCUUCUGCAAGAAUUAGAAGGUAUGCUGCAGCACGUGCUAUGCAGGGUUGGCAUGCACACCGUCUCCUUGCCAACGACAUGUAUGGAGAUCACAUCUUAAAGGACAAAGAUUCAAUCGCCUUUUCAAGUCGUGAUAAUAGGAAUCUAAAAGGCUUCGGGGUACUCAAGAGGAAGAAAGCAUCUAGUCCAGAGCGUGCUUUCAAGGUGCCUCGCACAAAAGCAAACAAGUCACAGGAGGAUUCUAUGGUCAUUGAUGUUGGAGAACCUGCUGAUUGGGUGAAGAUUAAUGUUCGUCAAACCAAAGAAUGCUUUGAAAUAUAUGCGCUAGUUCCUGGGCUUCUACGAGAAGAGGUGCAUGUUCAGUCAGAUCCUGCUGGACGUCUUGUUAUAACUGGGGACCCUGACCAGCCUGAUAACCCUUGGGGCAUCACUGCAUUCAAAAAGGUGAUCAACUUGCCACUAAGGAUUGAUCCUCAUCAAACAUCUGCAGUUGUCACGCUUCACGGCCAGCUAUUUGUGCGUGCGCCAUUUGGGCAUCCCGACAUGUAGAUAUGCCUUCUGUUCACUCCAGUUACCUUCAACUGCAAUACCUGUGUUACCACUGUGCCAGUGGUUUUCAUGGAUAUUUAUAGGUUUUAGAAGAUUUUUGUUGUUGCAGAAGUAGGAUUUCGUUUGAGCAGAUGCACCAUGCCAAGCUUAGCAGAACUUCUCUGCAAUCUGUUCUCUUGUGGGUAUUCAUAGUACACAUAAAUUAGCUGGUUCAUGCUUGGAUUUUAUUUUUUAGUGGCAUAUAGUUCUUUUCCUUUUCUGAGAAUUGAGAGAGAAACAAGACAAAGCUGGAAAUAGGUUAAUUUUUAAGGAUUAGCUUCUUUACUUUCUGUAUUUAUUUCCUCUUAUCUCUAUAAAAGCAUUCCUGGGCAAUGGGCAAUGUAGUUUUGAAGCCAAAAAUUAUUUGUAUACAGUGAUUUUAUUUGUCAUUUUACUCGACUAUGUGCUAAAAGCACUGUUCAUUAAGCAAACAAGCGUCAAUUGGAGCUUGGGCUACAGGGAGUCUGUUCAAAAACUUUA